CAGAACCCAGGCACUCAAAGGCUGAAUUUUGGGCAGGAGGCGCGCGGGAGCAUCGCUGUGCUUCGAGCCUGCUGCAGCGGCGAACCCCAGAGCCCCGGCCUGAGAGCAUUGGGCGCCGCGCAAACACCUGGAAACCAUGGCUGAAGAUGCGAGCAGGGCCUUGGGGAAGGGAAGUCACCCCCCAGGGCCGGUCCCAGAGGGCUUGAUCCGAAUCUACAGCAUGAGGUUCUGUCCUUAUGCACACAGGACGCGCUUGGUCCUCCAGGCCAAAGGCAUCAGCCAUGAAGUUAUCAACAUUAACCUGAGAAACAAGCCUGACUGGUUCUACACAAAGCACCCUUUUGGCCAAAUUCCAGUCCUGGAAAACAGCAAAUGUCAGCUGAUCUACGAAUCUGUGAUUGCUUGUGAGUACCUGGAUGAUGCUUAUCCCGGAAGGAAGCUCUAUCCAUUUGACCCUUACGAGCGAGCUCGCCAAAAGAUGUUAUUGGAGCUAUUCUAUAAGAUCCCACACCUGACCAAGGAGUGUCUGGUAGCACUGAGAUGCGGGAAGGAAUGCGCUAAUCUGAAGCUAGCCCUCCGCGAAGAAUUCUGCAACCUUGAAGAGAUUCUUAGCUAUCAGAACACCGUCUUCUUCGGUGGACCCUGUAUAUCCAUGAUUGAUUACCUCUUUUGGCCCUGGUUUGAGCGACUGGAUGUAUAUGGAAUAGCUGACUGCGUGAACCACACCCCGGCUCUGCGGCUCUGGAUCGCGGCCAUGAAGCGGGACCCCACCGUGUGCGCCCUCCUCAUAGACAAGAACAUUUUCCUGGGCUUCUUGAACCUCUAUUUUCAGAACCACCCCGAGGCCUUUGACUAUGGGCUCAGUUGCUGAGCGUGACCACCCAGAAUUCUCAGCCAUGCUGUGAUUCUGUAUCAGGAAGUGUUUGGGUGGAUCAAUUAGUUUUUGUUCAUUUUCUUUGAAGUUCCCAAUAAACAAGGAGACAGAAAAGGUAAGGUAUUCUUUCUGAUAAUCGCUUGUGUGACUCCUCUAGCCCGCAGGUUCUAAGGACUGUUUAGAAAUCCGGUACCCAGUGCUAACGUCCAAGCACGUUAUGGGAGCUUGUGUGCCACCUGGCCCCUUGGCCUUUGGCCCAGUUUGACCUCCAGAUUGUUGAUGCUGAUGCUGAGGUUAAGGGCCUACCCGCCAUUGACAUUUGCCACUGUAGACUGGCAUCCUCCACGACUUCCCCGGUAGGAGGAAAACUAGAGAGGAAAAAAAAGAAGAAAACACUGCAAGUUCAGAUUCCCUCUGCUUGGCAAAUGAAAGCUUCAGUCCGCGUGAGUGUGCAUGAGUGCCCUUCUCACUCACACUUUGGCUGUGGGCCCAGCUGACACCACGGGUCUCAUGACUGAAAGAAUUCCAAAGCAGGAAACGAAACGCCCGUCCUCACCCUGGACAGUGACGCCAGAAUUUUACCGGUGCUGUCGGAACUCAGGGUGGCUCACAAAAUGUUCUGUGGUUGACAUCCUGCCUUAAAAAGCACACAUGUCCCAAACCCAGUCACGGGCAAAGGCCACUCUGUUGGAUGUGCGUCACACACUCUUUCAGUUUAUCACAGCAGAUGCCUCUGGCCGCCCACUGUUUACCACGCCGUGGGACAUCUGUGUGGCAGAGAUGACAAAGAUGACCAAGACACAGGAGCCCCUGAUGGCUCCACUCAUGUUGGUCGCAGUGUUAGACCUAGUGGUUUGGAGGUGCUCAUCUCGCUGUGGGGAAGCUUGUUCCAGCUCGAUAGGGCCCCCUGCUGGCUGCGACUGUGGAAGGUGUCGGAGGGCCCAGAAGAAUGGCCUGGUGGGCUGGCCGGUGCCUCAGGAGCAGGACGGGCUUCUCCAAUGCCGUUUUGUCUCAGAGUCGAGGGGUAAGCCUGUGACCCCUGCAGCUUUGUUCAGGCCUGAUCUCUUGCCAGCCUCUAGCCAGGCUGAGAGACCAGGCAGCAGCAGGAGGGAUGUUUUUAACUGUCGGUGUCCCCUGGGGAGCUGUCUGCUGCCCCCGCCUCUGACUCAGCCCAAACCGGCCCCGUUCCUCCCCAUGUCUCAGCCUGGCCGGGCCAUCUGCUGCCUCUGCGUGGGUUUUGACUCAUGUGCAUAGUUACCAGUGUGACUCCAUGACAGUUGGACAGAAGCAAGCCUGCCUGGUCAGGUGGCCUGGUCGGCUGUAGCAGGUGCCACGUGACAAGGGCGAGGACAGGGGCCGCGUCUGCUGUGCCAUCUGCUCAGGAUGGGGCAUCCUGUUGCCAUGGUGCCCAAGCCAAUGCAGAGGGAGGUCUGUGCAUCACAUUUCCCUGGGAUCUGUGCCUGGCUUCUGUGGCGUCUCCUGGGACGAGGGGGCUGAUCAGUCCUUGCAGGUAUAAAUCCUGUGUGCUGGCGAGUGUUGAGUGUGGGGCCAAAAUCGCUGUCAGCACAACAGAUAAUGGUGUGACUCUGAUGGCCAAGACCAAAGAUGUUUUCUUCUGGGGCCCCACACAGUAAUUUAGAAAGCUCGGAGAGCCAGGAAACAAAGCAUGGGGGAAAGUGCCCGUGGGCGAGGGUGCCGGCCGGCCGCCCACAGCCCAGUUCGGGAUCUGAGUGCCUUCCCGCCAGCGGUGCUCUCAGCGUUUCGCCAGGGUCACCUGCAUCGCCCUCCACCCUCCACUUUUUCUUCUCAUUUUUUUUUUUUGCCACCCACAGAAGAACAUGGGCUGUCAGUCUCUGGGUGAAUCCUGGAUUUAGCCUGGAGAAAAGAGGAAAUUAAAUAAUGCUCCAUGAGGAGCUUUUGAAAAUACCACUUCUUUUAUUGGGGGGUGGAGGCGGGGGUGGCAGCAAUAAUGUAUCAGGGUAAUAAAAACACAAUGAGAAAGAACAGGAGGUAUUCCAUCAGCUCAUGUCUCAGAAGCACUUUAAUAAUUGAUGUAUAUCUUACAAAAGCAUGUUAAAUUUAAGGAAUUAAGGUUCAACCAAGGACAGCACUUGAAAGCGCCUCAUUGUCAGAGAUGAUACGAACACCCGAAUCCCUGGGCACAGCAGGCUGAGAGAGCUCCCUUCCCUAGAAGUUCUGCACUGGAGCCACCCGGACUGAGUCCUGUUAUAUCCUGACAGGACUGGUGGGGGGCGGGGGGUGUGAAGGUGGCCUGGAGAGGUGACCAGUGGUGGUGCUUGGUGGUGGGGCGAGGAGAUGGUACUAAAUGUUACUUGAAAUUCCUUUUAGCUCCGAAUUUCUCUGAUCUCAGGCAACAGAGCUGCUGUGAGUGUUGAAGUGGAUUAACUCCAAAUCAUCAGGUGUAAGCUAGAGCGGUCCCUUCAGGGCUGCAGGGUCUGCCUGCCUGUGCGGCCACGUUGCUCCUUGAAAGCUGUG